AACCCAAGGUACCACUGUAUUCAAGUCUGAGCUCAUCUUCUCACUUGGAACAGAAAAAUACAGGUAUGUUGUCCUGGACCAAUUGAGAGGUGAUGGAGAAGACAACCAGAAUUUUGACGGGCUAUCUGUAAAGUACUUCAGCAUGAGUGAACACCUUAGCACACAACUACAAACUCAUACAGGAGAGAAACCCUUUAAAUGCAUGGAGUACGGAAAGAGCUUCAGUGAGAGUGGAAAUCUUACAAGACAUCAACAAAGUCACACAGGGGAGAGACCAUUUAAAUGUAUGGAGUGCGGAAAGAGCUUCAGUCGUAGUGCAAGCCUUACUAUACAUCAACGAACUCACACAGGGGAGAAACCAUAUAAAUGUAUGGAGUGCGGAAAGAGCUUCAAUCAGAAUGCAAACCUUAUUGUACAUCAGCGAACUCACACAGGGGAGAAACCAUUUAAAUGUAUGGAUUGUGGGAUGGGUUUCAGUGAAGGUGGAACACUGACAAGACAUCUACGAACUCACACAGGGGAGAAACCAUUUAGAUGUAUGGAAUGUGGCAAGAGCUUCAGUCAGCGUUCGUACCUUACUAUACAUCUUCGAACUCACACAGGGGAGAAACCAUAUGAAUGUUUGGAGUGCGGAAAGAGUUUCAAUCAAAGUGUACAUUUGAGAAUACAUCAACGAACUCAUACAAGGGAGAAACCAUAUAAAUGUUGGGAGUGUGGAAAGUGCUUCAGUAAGAGCGUAACUCUUAGAAAACAUCAGCAAUCUCACAGGGAAGCAAUGGUUUAAAUGUUAGGAGUGUGGAAAGUUUUUCAAUUAUAAUGGAGUUCUUAAUUAAUAGCUACAGACUCUCAUAGGGAAGAACCCAUUCAGUUUUAUGGAGUGUGCCAGGUUUUCCCCACAGAAUUCAUUUUGUCUCUCUUAUUUGGAAAAUCCAUUGUAAAUGCAUGAAGUAUGUUUUAUGUUCUGGUGUUUGUAUGAAAUAUUGAACAUAUAUGUAUUAAAGCAAUGAAGGUAAUAUCUCAUAAUCAUAAGUAUAAUGAAAGAUACAAUGUACUGUUAGGGUUGUGCAGAAUGCGACACUGGAAUGCUCAUUGUGAGUGAACAUGGUCUUUGGCAAAGUUGGGAAUGGAGAGUUGUGAAAUGUGGAGCAUGCCAGUGGUGUUUAGGAAGCAGGAUUGGCUCUGGAAUCCUAGAACGGUAGAGUUUAAAGGGGCUGCAAGGGUCUUCUAUCCAAUUCCCUGUUAUAAGAGCAGCAGUGUAAUGGCUUGAGUUUCUCCUACAGAAGCGAGACAUCUCCGGCAGUAAUUAUCUCAGAUUUAUUGCUGCAACAUGUAAAUCACUGCGGAGCUCAGUCCUCGGCGUCUUCUCCCAAGUUUGCUGCUGCCAUCUGAGCUCUGCCCCUUCCCAGCAAUGAAAACCUCAUAAAUCCACAACAGCAUGGCCAUAAACCUGUACGUUCAACUGCUAAAAUAUACACCCAAUAUGUACCAAUUGAGAUUUAUGUUACUGCUUUAUGAAUGAACACUGUUUUAUGAA